AUGAAGACUAAGACCAAGGCGUUGCGCAGAGCCGAGAUGUACGAGAUUCUCGGCAUCUCGGAAAGCACCGAGGACCAGCUCCAGACUCGAGAGCUCCUCGGAGAGAUGAUGAUUUCUCUCAAAAUCUCAUCUUUCAGUACUAUAGACUCGAGGGAGCAGUACAGGGACGAGCUGCUGAAAGAGCUCACUGCAUCAGAGCCACGUUUCUGCAGCGCCGUCCUGACUGCCCACGCCAACGACGCUGACAAGUGUAUCAAGACACUGUACAGCUUGGCGAGACUGGUCAAGAAAGCAUGGGGCCGUGGCUCUGAGAACAAGGCUCCGUCUGCGUCUGCGUCUGCGUCUGCAUCGGCUUCGGCAUCGGGACCCGCUCAGUUUGAUACUCCGACUCCCACCGACACCACUACAUCCGCGACCACCUCUACCUCUACAAUCAAGGCUGAGGAUGCAGCAACCCAAUUCCCAGAGCCAUCCGACCCCCAAAUCAAUACUAAAUCUGGUCUCGUCUCUCCAUCUACAAUCACAAAUUCGGAGGCCACGCUUCAAUGCCCAUACCCCGAUCCACCAUCCACCCCCCAAACCAACACCAGAUACUGGAUUGCUGAUACCCAGAUCUACUUCCGCGACGCAGCCAUCCACCCCACCAUCAUGACCUACUCUGUCCUCCUCAGCGACCUCCUCCAAGACGCCGCACAACAAACCGCACACAUCCUGCACAGCACAUGGGUCGAUAUCACCGGCCUGAAAUACGGCCUCUUCACUGCUGCCCUGUCACAGGGCCUGGAAGUAUCAGUGUACGACCUGACGAAGCGUGAUAUCUGGAUGCGGGUCGAAGAUACCGUCCACUCGUAUGAGUAUGAGCAUACGAUUCUCAGGGAGGAGGGUGUGAUGGAUAACCUUGAGGAUGCGUUCUUGACUAUUGUUGAAGAGGCGAUGGAGCAUGCUUUUGUUGGGGAGUUGCCGUUGGCCAGGUCGCUGGGGGAGUAUGAGGCUAUGUAUUCUUUUUUUAUGGGGCAUUGA